AUGGCAUGCAGGUUCUUGGUGGACGAUGUGCCGAUAAGGGUGUUCAAGAACAGCAAAGAUGUGGGAGUGAAAUUCCCAUUGAACCAGCCGAUGAAGAUAUACCGAAGCCUCUGGAAUGCGGACGACUGGGCCACGAGGGGAGGGCUUGACAAGACCAACUGGUCCAAGGCCCCCUUCGUCACCACCUACAAGAGCUUCCACGUGGACAGGUGCGAGGCGUCGAUGAACGCCAACUACUGUGACACACAGGGGAAAGAGGUGGUGGGAUCAGAGGGAAUUCCAAGAUCUGGAUGCCCUUCAGUGGCGGAGGCUCAGGUGGGUUCGCUCCAAAUACACUAUCUACAACUACUGCAGUGA